CAGGUCGUACUUCUGGUUGGUGACCACUUAACCUACGCCGCCAAAGACGAAAAUGUAAAAUGGUUCAAGUGUGCUGAAACAGUGAAAACAUUGGACGUGAAAAACCUCUAUAAUAUGCCUCAACUAAUGCAUGACUAUUGUGACGCAAAGUUCAGCGAUCAAGCCAUCGUGGAGGAAAUCAAGUCCGCAGACCUCAUUAUUGGUGAUGGCAUGUACUUGUGCUCGGCUUUGAUCGCAGAUAAAUUCUCCUUACCUCAUGUGACAGUUUUGGAGAGCUCGCUUACUUCAGCCACGGGCACUUUGCCAUAUAACGUUGCUGACCUCCCUUCAUACCUGCCUCAAUUUGGGACGGGGAUGACAGAUAAGAUGAACUUUUUACAGAGAGCUAUGAACACCUUCUACUGGCUUAAAUAUCGUGCCAUUUUCCCGCUCUAUUUGAAAAUAGCCUUCUUGGAUCUUAAAGAAAAGCAUAGCAUUACGCCAGAAAAGAGCUUGGAGCAGACGAUGCAGCGAGUGGACCUCGUUCUUGUCCAAACGGAAGCGUUUGAUUAUCCUCGGCCAAUUGUACCAAGUAAGGGAAAGUGAGGCUUUGAUAGAUUGUGUUUGCAUAAUUUUUGGCCAAAUAGUUCGUCAUUACGACCAUACUUUUCAUCUAUUUUCCGAAAAAAGCACUGCUAGUAUAAUUUGUACUUUGGCUAGUUUCACAGGACUCAAGUGUCGUUAAUUAAUCAUAUAACCGAAAUGUUGCCCCGAGAUAAAGUAACAAAAUCAAUAUUUUUGUCCGCUUAUUGUCACAUUCAUGGGACCUGGGUCCCACAGGACAAAGCCUCGACCUCAAGCGCCACUAUUGCGCGGUUGUCGAACGUGAAUGCCACGAGCUGACGUUUUUCGCGUAAGAGCAAGGAUACGAUGCACACCUAGGAAUAAGGUGGGGAAGAACGUAGAUCACUUCUCCAGGCUAUUAAAUUAGCGCUUACGUUCAAGUGACUGAGCUUAGAAGAGAAGAAAGUCAAGGUGCGAUCUGAUUGUCUAUCAACUCUUCGCUAAAUGGUAACACAUGUGAAACAGACGUCACAAUACUACUGUAAAAGACAAAUGUAAGACCUUCGAAAACGUCAGCGGGGGACUUAGAAAUAAAACACGACACAAUGGUUGAUCGUAAGGACUCCGCACGAUCCUUCGAGAUCGAUCGUGGUUAGGUUUCUCGAUCUGGCUUCUUGUGGACGGCUUACUAUGAAGGGGAGGUGAUCGAACCGAUUCAGUUCCUUUGUACUGUAUUGUUUCACCUCGUACAUCAAAAGGGUAAACAAGUUAAGUUAUUUAUCAUAUUUUUUUUCAUUUAUUUUCAGAUGUAAAAUCAGUUGGUCCACUUUUAGCUGGUCCUGCCAAACCACUUCCGGAUGACCUAGAAGAGUUUGUAAAAGGGGCUGGGGACAAGGGAGUGAUACUUGUGUCCUUUGGUUCUAUUCUUGGUGAUAUAGACGAAGCGUCAGUAAAAGCAAUGGCGGCUGUGUUCUCUAGCGUGCCCCAGAGAGUAAUUUGGAAAAUCAACACAGGUACUCAAGAUUAAAUUGCACUGAUGCAUUUGAUUGGAGAGGAAAAUGUUGCUGCUGUUUUCUCAAAACUGAUUGGCUUUUUCCUUGUAAAACGGUGUCAUUCUAGAAAUGUUUCUCUUUUUCACGGCUCUGACAGGUCUCAAGUCGUCUCUCAGUCUCAAACGAAGGUGUUGGGAAGAAGUUUUGCUCCUUCCCAUCACCCCUAGCACUCCCUUCAGACACACUUCUCGCGUUCCGUCCUCCUCGUGCGAUCCAAAUAGAGAGGGCUGGUGACGAGUCAGUUCACGGUUUUGCAAUUUUCACCGUAAUCUGAAAAGGAAAAUCCUCUUAUAGAUUGAUAGGUAGAAAUAUACAUAUAUUUUUCUAAUUUUCUUCUUAAAAUACCGGAGAAUUUUCAAAAUAACCGUCAGCCUUAGAACUGAAAAAUAUUUCCCCAGGAAAUCAUUCGAACGUAAUAUUUGCGUUCCUUCUGAUUUUGUUUAUCUUCUAGCUAAGUUCUAGGGUCAUGCUUACAAUUUACACACUCUUAAGAUUUGGCAAUCGAUUUCCAAGCAAACUACCAAACCUCUUAAGUUUCUCCCCCCGUUUUUCGUCAAUGGGCUCCUGGCGUAUGUAAAUAUAAAGUAGAGACGUUUUUGAGCGACGCACGUCAACCGGGAGUGGACUUUUUGCGCACUUGAGUUGUGAUUUUGAACAAACGUUAGGGCAUAUCGUCUCUAUAAGAGUAAAGACACUUAGCCAUACAAAUUUGGUGGCGUCAAGGCAUAUUAUAAAAGAAAAACCUCACUUCCGGUUCACGUACGUCACUCAAAAAUGUUGCUGCUUAAGCUGCCUAAUUUCUCCUGAUCAACGUUUGGAUAUAUGAUAAUUUUUCUGGACCAAAGCCUUUUACUUCUAUGACCUAUGCAACACAAUCUACUAACCGGAAACCGUUACACCCCUCC